AAGUUUUCAAUUGUUCUGUUCAAAGAAAAACUCUUUCUCUCUCUCUAACAAAUAAAACCCUAAACCGCGUCCAACGCCGUCUCCGGCCGGCGAAUUCCCCUUUUUCUCUCUCCUCCAAUUUCCAUUUUCACCACAAUGGACAAGCUCCAAUCGGAUCAAAUCAAGCAAUUGAAAGACAUUUUCGCUCGAUUCGACAUGGAUUCCGACGGUAGCUUAACCCACCUCGAACUCGCCGCUCUCCUCCGUUCUCUCGGCCUGAAACCCACCGGAGACCAAAUCCACGGCCUCUUAGCAAACAUGGAUUCAAACGGAAACGGGUCAAUCGAGUUCGAAGAACUCGUCAAAGCGAUCCUUCCUGACAUGAACGAAGAAGUUCUGAUCAAUCAAGAACAGUUAAUGGAGGUUUUCCGGUCCUUUGAUCGCGACGGAAACGGAUAUAUUACGGCGGCUGAGCUAGCAGGACAGAUGUCGAAGAUGGGUCAUCCUUUGACUUAUAGAGAACUUUCGGAAAUGAUGAUGGAAGCUGAUACGAACGGCGAUGGUGUGAUAAGUUUCAAUGAAUUCGCUAUUAUUAUGGGUAGAUCUGCUUCUGAUUUUCUUGGCCUAGCCGCCGUCGCUUAAUUAAGGUGCAUGGUGGUGAUGAUUAUAAUGUUGUGUUUGUGAUGAAUUAAACAGAGAUGAUUGUGGGCAGAUCUGAUAUAAUAGAGGAUUAAUUGACACUAAAUUGGGAA